AUGGAACUAGAGAAUGAUACACAAAUUUCAGAAUUUCUUCUUCUGGGAUUUUCAGAGGAACCAGAAUUGCAGCCCUUACUCUUUGGACUGUUCCUGUUCAUGUACUUGGUCACCAUACUUGGGAACCUGCUCAUCAUUCUGGCUGUCAGCUAUGACACCCACCUCCACACCCCCAUGUACUUCUUCCUUGCCAACCUGUCCUUUGUAGACAUCUGUUUCACCUCCACUACAGUCCCCAAGAUGCUGGUAAAUAUACAAACACAGAGAAAAGUCAUAAUUUAUGAAAGCUGCAUCAUGCAGAUGUACUUUUUCUUACUUUUUGCUGGUUUGGACAACUUUCUUCUGAGUGUUAUGGCCUAUGACCGAUUUGUGGCCAUCUGUCAUCCCCUGCACUACAUGGUCACCAUGAACCCCCAGCUCUGUGGACUGCUGGUUCUGGUGUCCUGGUUCAUGAGUGCCCUGCAUUCUUUGUUACAAACAUUAAUGGUGUUGCGGUUGUCCUUCCAUACAGAGGUGGAAAUCCCCCACUUUUUCUGUGAACUCAAUCAGAUGAUCCAACUUGCCUGUUCUGACACCUUUCUUAAUAACAUGGUGUUGUACUUUGCAGCUAUGCUGCUGGCUGGUAUCCCCAUGGCUGGGGUCCUCUACUCUUAUUGUAAGAUAGUUUCCUCUAUACGUAGAAUCUCAUCAGCUCAGGGCAAGCAUAAAGCAUUUUCCACCUGUGCAUCACAUCUUUCAGUUGUCUCUUUAUUUUAUUGUACGAGCUUAGGUGUGUACCUUAGCUCUGCAGCUACCCAGAGCUCCCACUCAAGUGCAGUAGCCUCAGUGAUGUACACGGUGGUCACACCCAUGCUGAAUCCCUUUAUUUACAGCCUGAGGAACAAAGAUAUAAAGGAGAGUUUGAGAAGGAUUUUUAUUAAUUCUUCUUAA